GAUUUAAUGAAAAAAAGAUUUGGAUUGCCUUCUAAGCCUCCUAUUGGCCUUGGAUUGGGUAAUUCUGGUAGAAGAGCCCAGAUCAAGAAGAGAGAUUAUACUCCGGUGUAUUGGGAUAAAUAUUUGGAAUCCAAACAUGAUAUAAAAACUAAGGACAACAAUACAUUUCGUGUAUAUGAAUGUGGUGAAACAGGGCCAGUGUUAGUCUUUCUUCAUGGAGGGGGAUUCUCUGGACUGUCAUGGGCUUUAUUAGCUAACAUGGUGUCUCAUCUAGUAACUUGUCGUUGUGCGGCCAUUGAUUUACGUGGCCAUGGUGACAGUGUGACAUCAGACGACAAAGAUCUUAGUGCUGAAACAAUGUCAAGUGAUGUUGGUGAAGUUAUUAAAAGUUUAUAUGGUGAAGAUCCUCCUCCCAUUAUUCUCAUUGGUCACAGUAUGGGAGGAGCUAUAGCUGUCCAUGUAGCAGAGAAACAGUUGAUACCAUCUCUAAUAGGACUGUGUGUUAUUGAUGUUGUGGAAGGAACAGCUAUGGAUGCUCUAGCCAGUAUGCAGAGUUUUCUACGAGGACGUCCCAAAAUAUUUAAAUCUUUAGACAGUGUUAUAGAAUGGGCUGUAAGAAGUGGUCAGAUUAGAAAUGUAGAAUCAGCUAAAGUCUCCAUGGUUGGACAGGUCAAAAGAACUGAUAAUGACGAGACAGCUUCAGCAGAAUUAGAACACAAUCAUGAUAUAGAGGCAGCCAGAGUGUCACAUACUACUGAUACCAUACUAGAAGAGGAGGUCGAUUCUGCUGGCAACAAAGGCAAUAACUCUUCACCAUCUUCAUCAUUUAAAACACCAACUUCACCAGAAAAAACAGAUGGACAGUAUACAUGGAGGAUUGAUCUAUCAGAAACAGAUUGUUAUUGGAAAGGCUGGUUUGAAGGUUUAUCUAAUAGAUUUCUAUCUUGUGACGUUCCCAAGUUGUUAUUACUGGCUGGGGUUGAUAGGUUAGAUAAGGAUCUGACUAUAGGACAGAUGCAAGGAAAAUUCCAGAUGCAAGUAUUGCCACAAUGUGGACAUGCUGUACAUGAAGAUGUUCCAGAUAGGGUUGCCGAAAUUCUCGCGACAUUUAUGGUCCGUCACAAAGUAGCUCAAGCAACAGCCAAUUUUGAACCGUCGUUUCCAGCUUGUUGAAACAGGCAGCGCUGACAGCAAGAAAGCGUCUCUAGUAGUGCUUCAAGUUUGCAAAUUUGAAAGUUGGCUAAUGUAUAUGUGUAAGAGUGCUUGUAGAUGUUAAGGUCAGGCUAUCACUAGCUCAGUGGGCUAAGAUUAUGUAUAUAUAUUAUGGCCUAUAUCACAUGUACACUUACGGUGCUGUUUUAUUAAUGAAGCAAUAUCAAGUUCACUCAACGAUGUGCCAUUUUUAUGAUCUCAUUUUGUAGCUAAAAUUUGAGGCUAAAUGUUAAAAUUCUAUUAUGCACGUUAACAAAAAUAUUUUGAACUGUCGAUUUGAAUAAUUCUGAAAAUACUUUGGAAAUGUCGAAUAUAUCGUAAAUUAUAUUAAUAAUUUUGUGUUGUGAUUGAACAUUAAAAAUUUACUGCAAGUUUUGAAUUCCAAUGGAACAGGUAAUACGAAGAACUUAAAAAUCCUUGAUGCUUUACAAGCGCAUGCCAAAUAGAACAAUGCUAUUUGUAUAUUUUUAAUAUUAACUUCAACAUAGGAUGUGAAAUGAUCACACUAUAGUAUUUUGAAUGUGACAUAUCCAGUUCCAGAUAAAAUGGGUAGAGACGGAACUUAUUAUUAAUAUGCUAAUUGAGUAAGAAUAAAGAAUUAUAUUUCAGUCUGUAUAAAAUUUAUUUAUUUAUAAACUCUGAAUGUACACAUUAAAGAAAUAUAAACAUUUAAUGCAUAUCUUCUUUAUGUUCUGUUUUUUUUUCGAUUACAAUGAUAAGUUUUUAACUAUCAUUUUUUCCCAGUGUACUCGGCUUACACUAUAUUGGUAGUACAUAUUACAUAGUCUUUGUUGUUAUCAAACCCUUUUCUAUGACCGUCUCUUUUCUGUGCACUGAUUAUUGACUGGGAUGAAGGCACGAUAUCUUUCAUAUUGUCCUUGAUUGGAACCCAGUAUUCAAUCCUGUAAGAAAUUCCUUCAGAGUAUGCAACAUAGGAACACCUUAUCCCUCUCCAUGAUAUGGUAUUCUCCACUUGCAAUAAACAGAGCUACGUGCCCCUUGUAGAGUUAUCUUUCCUUGACCAUGGGUACAUCUUCGCCUACUUUCGUGUUCACCCGACCAUGAUGGGGAAAGACUACUAUACCAUAGCCCAAUGUUUAUUUGGUAUUUCGUUUUAUUAUAAACUCGGCAUGACUUUCUGAGAGUCCGUAUGAUGUGUUUUUGGUAUUGAGGUUCAACAACUCGACAUGCCUUCCGAAGAUUCCACAUUAUAUUUCUUUAUCUAUAACUGACAAUGUG